GGACCACGUGCGCCCACGUGGGGGCAUGCUGCUGAUGUGGUGCGAGGUGACUGGUUUCGUCCUCGAGCUGCCUUGUCGCCUUAAGAAAGGUGCGUGGGAAUCGACCGGAGAGGCCACUGAUAUGUGGGCGCGGACUGCUAACUGCAUCAGGGAAACAGCUAGGGAAGUGUUAGGGGUGAGCUCUGGCUCUGAGAGUAGGCGUCAGGGUGAUUGGUGGUGGAGCGUUUCAGUCCGAAGUAAGGUGGAAGCUAAGAAGGUGGCGUAUUUGAGGUACAUGGGUUGCAAUGUUGAGGAGGAAAGAGCGGCGUUACGGGUGGAGUACAAGAAGGCACGUAAAGAAGCUAAGUUAGAGGUUACGAGGGCAAAGAAUGCCGCUUUUGAACGCCUUUACAAGGAUAUUGAGGAGAAAGGCAGUGUUCAUCCACUGUUCCGGCUUGUUAAGGUGCUUGAGAGGAAGGCCCGAGAUCUGGAUCACGUGAAAUGCGUGAAGGGCAAUGAUGGUAGAGUGUUAGUUGAGACUGCCAAGGUGGCUAAGCGCUGGGGGGAGUACUUUAGUGAACUCUUAAAUGCGGGAGGAGACCAGAGGCUAGUUCUUGAUGAGUUGGGGCCGUCUGGGGCGUCUCGUGUGUAUUGCCGGCGCAUUUGUCAGGAAGAGGUGGUUCGGGCCCUCCGCGGGAUGCAUAGUGGGAGAGCUUUGGGACCAGAUGAGAUUCCGGUGGCGUUUUGGAAGCAUGCGGGUUGUGGUGCGAGGGUUUGGUUAACCAAACUCUUCAAUGUUAUCCUCCGGACAGCAAGGAUGCCUGAUGAGUGGAGGGAGAGUCUCUUGGUCCCUCUGUUUAAAGGCAAAGGUGACAUUCAGAGCUGCGAGAAUUACAGAGGCAUCAAACUGCUUAGCCACAACAUGAAGGUUUGGGAGCGAGUCAUUGAGUAUAGGGUGCGGAAAGGGAUUUGCAUCUCUGAGAACCAGUUUGGUUUCAUGCCUGGCAGAUCGACUACAGAGGCCAUUCAUCUCGUGAGGAGGUUAAUGGAAGAGUAUAGGGCUAAGAAGAAGGACCUUCAUAUGGUGUUUAUUGACCUUGAGAAGGCGUACGAUAGGGUGCCAAGGGAGGUCUUAUGGAGGUGCCUUGAGACGAGAGGAGUUCCCAUCGUGUACACUCGCGCUAUCAAGGAUAUGUACGAUGGGGCUAUAACCAGGGUGAGGACUUCCGGGGGCGACUUUGAGUCUUUCUCGGUAGGGAUGGGGUUGCACCAGGGGUCUGCCCUUAGCCCCUUUUUGUUCGCCUUGGUGAUGGACGUCCUAACCCAAGGUGUUCAAGAAGGAGUCCCAUGGUGCAUGCUUUUCGCGGAUGAUAUUGUGCUUAUCGACGACACACGUGAGGGACUUAACGAUAAGUUGGAACUAUGGCACCUUGCCCUUGAGACUAAAGGAUUCAGAAUAAGUAGGAACAAGACUGAAUACAUGGAAUGUCGUUUCAGCGGUCAGGAAACAGAAUCAGAAGUGGAAGCUGAUGGGGAGUUAGAUGGGGAUGUUGGACAUCGUGUUGGAGUGGCUUGGUCCAAAUGGCGGUUAGCUUCAGGGGUGUUGUGUGAUCCGAACAUCUCGCCCAGGAUGAAAGGUAAGUUCUAUCGAUCCGUAGUCAGCCCAACUAUGUUAUAUGGUGCAGAGUGUUGGGCAGUUAAGAAAACUCAUGUGCGUCGUCUGCAUGCGGCGGAGAUGCGGAUGUUAAGAUGGAUGUGUGGGAAGACAAGGUUGGAUAGGAUUUCGAACGAAGUUAUCCGACAUCAGGUAGGCAUGGCGCCGGUGGAAAAUAAGUUGCGGGAAGCGAGGUUGAGAUGGUUUGGUCAUGUGAGACGGCGGGAUGCUGACGCCCCUGUACUGAGAUGCGAGAGGAUUUCGAUUAUCGGGGGAAGUUGGGGAAGGGGUAGACCUAGAAAGAAUUGGAAGGAGGUGAUUAGGCACGAUUUAGGACUUCUCACCCUGACUGAGGAUAUGGCCUUAGAUAGGAACCUUUGGAGAACUAGGAUUAGAGUAGCUGGAUAGGAGCUCGGUUGAGCCGCGGGUCUCUUGGAAAUAGCCUCCCUGCUUCCGAGUAGGGGCAAGGUCUG